UUUAAUCAUAUUUCCAAACCAAAAGGCAAGCAAACAAACCCUGAAUUUUUUUUAAAGAAAAGUAAUAAACAAAGAAGCAAAACCCUGUGCUUUGGGGACUGCAAGUGCAAGCUUGGUCGCAACUCUCAAAGCUGCAUAGUGAAAAUUAAAAAUUCCUCUAUUCCCUCUGCUUAUUACCCCCCACUUUCCCCAAAACCCAAAAACACAUGCGCUCCCAUUUCCUUUGCUUUCCCCCCUCAUCAUCACUUCCACCAACGCUAUCCUCCUCCUCCUCCUUCUUCUCUUCUUCUUAUUCGCUUCUCAAUCAGGUUUCAACUUAUUUUUCUUCUUUUUUCUAAACUUGGAGCUAGUUUUCUUGAUUUGGGUAAUUCAGUCGGGGUAAUAGCUUGCCAAAGAUGAUCACUUUAACUGACUUCUACCAUGUAAUGACUGCAAUGGUGCCACUUUACGUGGCCAUGAUUUUAGCUUACGGCUCAGUGAAAUGGUGGAAGAUCUUCUCUCCUGGUCAGUGUUCGGGGAUUAAUCGCUUUGUUGCUCUCUUUGCCGUCCCUCUCCUCUCUUUCCACUUCAUCGCCUCUAACGAUCCUUACGCUAUGAACUUUCGUUUCAUAGCAGCUGAUACCCUCCAAAAAGUUAUGGUUCUUGGAAUACUGGCAGUUUGGUCCAAGGUGAGCAAAAGGGGUUGCUUGGAAUGGACCAUCACCCUUUUUUCACUCUCUACUCUUCCCAACACUUUGGUGAUGGGCAUCCCUUUGCUGAAAGGAAUGUACGGGGAGUUUUCAGGAAGCUUAAUGGUGCAGAUAGUUGUCCUUCAAUGCAUUAUUUGGUACACUUUGAUGCUUUUCAUGUUUGAAUAUAGAGGUGCCAAAAUGCUGAUAUCUGAGCAAUUCCCCGACACUGCUGGCUCUAUUGUUUCAAUCCAUGUAGACUCAGAUAUCAUGUCACUCGAUGGUCGACAACCUCUAGAAACUGAAGCUGAGAUCAAAGAAGAUGGUAAGCUCCAUGUUACUGUCAGGAAAUCCAAUGCCUCAAGAUCAGAUAUUUUCUCAAGAAGGUCCCAGGGUUUAUCUUCAACAACUCCACGCCCUUCCAAUCUGACCAAUGCUGAGAUCUACUCGUUGCAAUCAUCAAGAAACCCAACACCAAGAGGCUCAAGCUUUAAUCACACUGAUUUCUACUCUAUGAUGGCUGGGGGACGCAACUCCAAUUUCGGUGCUGCAGAUGUUUACGGUUUGUCUGCCUCUCGAGGACCAACUCCCAGACCAUCCAAUUAUGAGGAGGAUGGUACAGGCAUGGGUAAACCAAGGUUCCAUUACCACGCACAAGGUGGCGCAGGUGCAGCCCAUUAUCCGGCUCCUAAUCCGGGUAUGUUCUCUCCCAAUGGGUCUAAAGCUAAUACAAAGAAGCCUAACGAUCAGGCUCAGCAAAAGGCUGAAGAUGGUGGUAGGGAUCUUCAUAUGUUUGUUUGGAGUUCAAGUGCUUCUCCUGUAUCCGACGUCUUUGGUGGUGGUGGUGGCCAUGAAUAUGGAGCAAACGAGCAGAAAGAGGUUAGAGUGGCUGUCUCCCCAGGGAAAGCGGAAGGACAUAGAGAGAAUAACGAGGAGUACAUGGAGAGAGAGGAUUUCAGCUUUGGGAACCGAGGAUUGGAACGAGAAAUGACCAACAACCACGAAGGUGACAAAGUGGGGGAUGGCAAGCCCAAAACUAUGCCUCCUGCAAGUGUCAUCACAAGGCUGAUACUGAUCAUGGUUUGGAGAAAGCUUAUCAGAAAUCCCAACACGUAUUCAAGCUUAAUAGGACUCACUUGGUCUCUAAUCUCAUUCAGGUGGAAUGUACAAAUGCCUGCCAUAAUAGCCAAGUCCAUUUCCAUACUGUCAGAUGCAGGGCUUGGCAUGGCCAUGUUCAGUCUUGGUCUGUUCAUGGCAUUGCAACCGAGGAUCAUAGCAUGUGGAAAUUCCGUUGCAGCUUUUGCCAUGGGUGUGAGAUUCCUUGCAGGUCCAGCUGUGAUGGCAGCCGCUUCCAUAGCUGUCGGACUCCGUGGCGUCCUCUUACACGUUGCCAUUGUGCAGGCAGCUCUCCCACAAGGCAUUGUUCCCUUUGUCUUUGCCAAGGAAUACAACCUACACCCUGAUAUUCUCAGCACUGCUGUUAUUUUUGGAAUGCUAAUAGCCUUGCCCAUAACGCUUGUCUACUACAUUUUAUUGGGAUUAUGAAGGGGCCAUCUCUAACCUAAAUAUCAACAUUUUAAUUAAUUAAUUAAUUAAUUAAAGCCAAUCCAUGCCAUCAAAUUCAAACCCCUUUUCCAAAACAAAUCCUUAAUCUUCCUUGUUCUUUUUUUUCCUAGUAAAAUUUGUAAAAUCUUAUUCUGUAGUCAAAUUAUGAGGAAAAUGAAAUGCUUUUUUCUAGUUUGUUAUAA